AUGGGCCUCACUACUGCAGGAACGUGCUGGACUACGCGCUCGUGGUGUGGAGGCGCCAGGUCGUCCGUAACCGCGGCUGCGUCUCCACUGGCGGGAACGCCUUACGAUUUCAAGAACGUCAAGGGCAAUGGCGUCGCCGAGCAGAGCGUUUUCUGGGGCCUCGACACGCUGGGCAAUGGUGCGAACAACUGGGAAGACGAGGAGAAGGACCACGGGCCGAAUCCCGCGGGCGGAGGGCUCUACGGCCACGUCGGCGGCGGAGACUUGGGCUCUGACGUGUACGAUCUCGACGACCACGACGAGGAGUUCACAAGCGGCAUCCCUGACGUGCUUGCGGCGCCGCCCCGGCCCUCCUUGGAUGCCGAGCCGGACGUCGUCACCAACAGCACUGUAAUUGGUGCCAAGGACGGCGACGAGUUGACCGGCGAACGUUACCGAGAGAAACUCGAAAGGUGUUGGGCCCUCUUCUAUGGCUCGGGCAGGAGUUCUGACAAGGCGAAGGCCAUGGAAGAGGUCAAGGCGAUGCUUGCCGUGGGCGCCGACUGGUGA